AUUGAAAUCGUGGUGGUGGUUGUUGGUUGAAAUUCUGUUCUGCUUCCUCUUCAUAUUGCUGAGAGUGCGCUCGCUCUCUCGCUUGCUGCCGUUUAAGCGUAUAUUUUUAACAUAACUACUCGAAAAUAAAGGCAAAUAAAAAAGACAGACCGAUGUUGAUGCCGCGUUAUUCCGAUCCGGACAACCAUAAGGACAAUAGCUUUACGGUUAAGCACGGCCACACCUCCACGACCGUGGCCGCCCACACGAAAAUGCGUCUGCUGAGCAAAGUGGAGCACAACAUGCGCCAGCAACAGCAACAGAAUCAGCAACAGAGUCCCGGUCAAAAUCAGAGCAUCAGAAAGAUUAUCCACACAGCCGCCACGGGCAAUGGAUUGGUUGGCGAUGUGGAUGAACUGCUAACGCCCAUGCGGAUUAAGGCACAUGCAUCCCCGCCAGUGAUAUCGAGUGUGGAAAGCGUUGGCCACGGCUCCGGCGAUAGCGGCAGCAAGGAGUUACAUCCACGACCCGAACGCAACCUGUGGAGUCGGCUCGAGAUGCUUGAGAUGCUCAACAUAAUGCAGCAGAUGAACGCCCUGGAGCAGCUAAACGAUCGGAAUGUAAAGAGUGAACAGGUCUUCCGCCAGAUCGAGCAGGUGAUGCGCAGCAAGGGCCACGUGAAGAAGUCCAGCAUACAGAUCUGGACCAAAUGGAAGUUCCUCAAGUCCACAUAUAACACAACAACCCGUCAAGGUAACGGCAUACCCAAAGUUGUCCCUGAGGAAGUAUAUCGGGUGCUCUGUCGCAUGCUACGCGAGAAUGCCAGCGCCAAUGGCAGCGGCAGUGGCAUCAGCAGCGAAUGCGGCAACUCCAUGGACAGUUCAAAUGCUGAAAUGGCCAAAACAUUGGCCAACAGUGACGAUAGCAAAGAUGAGCUCGGCGUAGAGCAUCCCAUAUUCGGUUUCUGUUUGGGACUGAUCAAGCCGGAACCCGUGGAUACAGGCUACGAGACGACGACAAUGAACAAUGCCAGCAACGAAUCCGAGCAAGAGAUAGAAUCCGUAGACUUUGUACAAAACGGGGAACGUACCCAGGACGCGACACAGUCCUCAUUGGAGCACACGCCAUUCAUGGUCUCGGUUAAGAAUGAGCCGGAAAUGGAUCUGGGCAUGGAUGGCACCAACACACCGCCGCCCACGGCGCCCACGUCGCCCUCGCCACCACCACCACCACCACUAACACCGGCAGGCCAAUUGGAAAGCGAUAACAAGUGCCAGUUGUACCCAGCGAAGUCGUCGACAACAUCAACUUCGCUGCGCGUUGCUGCCUUUGCGAAUGAUGGGCCCAAAAUGACGGCAUCCACGCCCACACAUGGGGUACUGCAGAUCGAGCGUCCGAUGCCGGCGCUGAACAGGAAUCCUCUCAAUUCGACUGCUGGUGGCAAGGGGAAUCGCUCGAUGCCGCUGCAGAGCACCAGUAGCAUUAAUUUUGUGCAUCCCACUACCAAAUUGAUGCUGCCUCGCAAGCAGCUGCCAGUGCGAUUCCCGCGCGAGAUUAGCGUGCAGCCGGCGAGGUUGGGUGCCAUGAAAGUGGUGCCCAUGCGGGAAACGGGUUACUUGCUGCGGCCAGAACGUAUGAUACCCGAUCUGGAGCAGUCCAUAUCGCCGCCACAGUCGCCUUCGCCGCCAAUGCCCAAAUAUUCCAUACCCUCGUAUGCCUCAACCAGUCGCCAGGCGCAGCAGCAACAGCAGCAGCUCAGCGAAGAGCAUAACCAGCAGCAGCAUCCGUUUCGCAAGCGACGUCUCCAGUUCCUGCAGCAAUCGCCUGUGCCCGUCAAGCUACAGCGCAGCUCCACACACCAUGAGCACAAGCCUCAUGGCAAUUAUCGCAGCUACGAAUCGUCUGGCGUUCCGACAGAUGACUAUAAGCAUAAACUGGUCGCCGAGGAGGCGCAGCGUCGCAAGCAGCAGCAAGAGGAUCUGUUCAAGAAGGAGCUCACCCAGCUGGCCACGGCCAUGCGCUCGGCGCAGAAGGACAUGCUCGAAGAUUUCUUUCGCCAGCAGAAAAUAUUCGCGCGACGCGAACAUGAGUUCCAGCUGAAGCAGGACUACUUGGUGAUGACUGCGUUGCGCAAGCAAACGGAUGCACUGCUACGCACAGCCAAGGAACUCAUGCUGCCGGCGGGGGAGGAGGAGGAGGAGGAGGAGACGGCGGAACCACAACAACAACAGGAGCAGGAUCAGCAACAGCAGACGGAAACAGAGGAUAGAGCCAACAAUAUGUUAUUAUUGCAGCCGGAAGUUGAGCUGCUGGAGGAGCAAGAAAACCAAGAGAAUGAGGAGAUGGAGGAUAUGGACGAGAUGCUGGACGAGUUUGAGGAGAAUGACACACAGUACAGUGAUGAUUGUAAUCAAAGCGAUGCAGCCUUGGAGGUGUCCACAUCCUUAGCCAGCGAAGAUGCCUCAAAUCAUAGCGCUAGUUUGGGCGAUGAUGCACAAAUAUGUUAAUUUAACCCCUAGUAUCAAGUAUUAUCACAAAAACUAUAUAUAUUAUUAUUGUUAUUUCUAAUUCCCAAAAAAAAAAAAAACAAACAAAUCAAAACAAAAAAGUGAAACCAGAAACAUUCCAAACACAUUCCUUAGUUUUGAGAAAAGAAAAGGUAAAAAUUAUAUAACAAAUAUACGCCUUUAAAUAUAUAUAAAUAGAUCUGUAUAUAUACACAUAUUCCUAGAGCAAAGCCCACAUUGUUAAAAGACUUGAUUAUAUUUAAGCACUAAGAAAAUGUCAAAAUACGAUUAAUUAAAAUGUAUUUAUUGUUCUGGUUGGUAGUCCCCGAAUUGUGGAUUAUCGCGAACGCUUGUGCUAUAUGCUAGCUAUUGGAAACAUCAGAAUAUACGCAUACAUAGUGAUAUUUAAGCAAUGUCAAAAUCGAUGCAGAAAUGGAACCCGUUUAAAUAUAUUAAAUGCUUACUUUUUAUUAAGCGAUUUAAAUAACAUUAA